AUGCGCCUCGCCCUCCGAACCCUCUCUCACCUCACAUCGUCCGUCUUCAAGCCGUCCUCCCAGCGCCUCGUCCCGUUCCGCACCAUGGCCACCUCCGCAUCCCCGGUGCUCAAGCAGCCCGUCAAGCUCGCCUGCAUCCAGCUCGCCUCCGGCGCCGACAAGACGGCCAACCUCGCCAACGCGCGGUCCAAGGUCCUCGAGGCCGCCAACGCCGGCGCCAAAAUCGUCGUGCUGCCCGAGUGCUUCAACUCGCCCUACGGCUGCGACUACUUCCCCAAGUACGCCGAGACGCUGCUGCCCUCGCCGCCGACCAAGGAGCAGUCCCCGAGCUUCCACGCCCUCGCGGCCAUCGCCUCCGAGAGCGGCGCCUACCUCAUCGGCGGCUCGAUCCCGGAGCUCGACGCCAAGACCGGCAAGUUCUACAAUACGAGCCUCAUCUUCUCGCCCAAGGGCGAGCUGCUCGCGAGCCACCGCAAGGUGCACCUCUUCGACAUCGACAUCCCGGGCAAGAUCACCUUCCGCGAGUCCGAGGUGCUCAGCCCCGGCGACAGCGUGACGGUCGUCGACCUGCCCGAGUACGGCAAGAUCUCGGUCGCCAUCUGCUACGACAUCCGCUUCCCGGAGCUGGCCAUGAUCGCGGCGCGCAAGGGGUGCUUCGCGCUCGUGUACCCGGGCGCGUUCAACCUGACGACGGGCCCGAUGCACUGGCGCCUGCUGGGCCAGGGGCGCGCGGUGGAUAACCAGAUUUAUGUGGCCAUGUGCAGCCCCGCGCGCGACAUGGACGCGACGUACCACGCGUGGGGGCACAGUCUCAUCAUCGACCCGAUGGCGAACGUGCUGACGGAGGCUGAGGAGGGGGAGACGACUGUUGCGUGGGAGCUGGACGGCACGAAGAUUGAGGAGGCGAGGAGGAACAUUCCUGUUAAUACGCAGAGGAGGUUUGAUGUGUAUCCGGAUGUCAGUUCGGCGAAAGUCGACGGCAAGCCAUGA